AUGCAUUCUGGUGAUGGUACAUUUUAUGCUGUAGGUCUAGGUGCUUGUGGAGAUGUUAAUAGCAACGAGCAAAUGGUAGCUGCUUUACCAGCACAACAAUUUGAUUAUUUAACUAGAAAUAAAGCUUGUGGUUCUACUGCUGUAGUUCAUCACGGUGGUAGGCGUGUUACUGUAAGGAUUAUAGAUAGAUGUGCUGGUUGUCAAGUUGGUGAUAUUGAUUUAUCACCUGCUGCUUUUAAUCGGAUUGCUAGACCUAGAGAAGGACGUGUUCAUGUCACUUAUACUCUUCAUCU